CCUAGUCACAUAUCAGUCUAAAAUCAAACGUUGGAUAGUUUUACUAAAAGCAACAUACACACACGUAUUAUUUAUGCUAUUACAUUUCUUAUUUUCAAAAUCUAAAUUAUCAUUGUUGAGUGAUUGAUGGAUAAAGAUGCCUGCAACGGGCAUCCUCGGUAUCCUGGCGGCCACAGCCGGGUCUUUUUUUGCCCUGGGCGCCUACUAUCAGCACACUGAUGUGCUGCGAAAUAUCCAACGACUGGAGCAGCGCAAUCCCCAUGCCUACUUCAUCCGGCGAAAGCUUUACCGAUUGCUGGACAUCUUUACAGUAGAGGAAGAGAGCAAAGAGCUCGUAGGGGAUUGUCAGGAUACUCACAAACUGGCUGGGAUCAUGAAGUAUGGCUUCCCCAGCACAAAUGAUAUUAGUCUCAACGAGGCCUUCGACUUUGUGACCUCCUUCGAUCACCGAAACUCUUCCAUACAGUGGAUGUGCGAGCGUGUGGACCUGUCUAGCUGUGCCGUUAAAGGGAAUCCCACAUCAUAUCUAGCUUCUGCGGGAGCAUUUAACAAAUCGGAGGCUGCCCGCGUAUUUUUCCUGUCCAACAUAAAGCCCUUCCUGAACAGGGGCUUCAAUCUCACCGUGUGGGAGCGACUGCUGCAGCACGUGAACGAUAUGAGCCGGCAGAAUGGCACCGUAUACGUUUACACGGGCUCCAUUUACUUGCCCCGGGAGGUCAAGUCCAACAAUUGGUUCCUGGAGUACCAGACGGAGGAAAAAACCAUGGUCGCAGUACCCACGCACUUCUUCAAGGUUCUGGUCAUGGAUUCCAAGUUGGAAGGGGAUUCCAUACCCUAUGCAGAGGCCUAUGUAAUGCCCAAUACGCCGCUGAACAAUAACGUGGAACUGAAGACCCUUCUCAGUGAUAUCCGGGAGAUAGAGAAUAUCACGGGUCUGCGAUUCUUUGAGGGCCUGGAUCGCAACUUUAUCAAUACCCAAGUGUCUGGCUCAUUUGUCAGUUUAAUAGCCAGUCCGCCAGCCAUUUCCGUGGGCCAUCUGGCAACCAGUGAAGUGAUCAAUCCAGUAUCAAAUUCUGCAAAUGUUUCAUUGACCACCAGCUUGGUUGAUAUCCAGAAUUUGGAUUGAGUGAAUAAAAAAUAAUGGUCUUAAAAAA